AUGACUGCAGUGUCAGACGAUAUCCCAGCCCGCCCCCAGGGUGACCCAGAGACUCAGUUCCUCUGCCUAACCAUCUGUGGGUACCGGCGGCCGGGCAUGAGCGAAGCAGACUACAGACACCAUAUGACAAAGGUCUCGGCGCCAAUGACCAAAGAUCUCAUGGUGAAGUAUGGUGUGAAAAGGUGGACUAUGAUUCACAACACAACAGAGAGCCGUGAUUUCAUGAAACAGCUCUUUGAUCACCAGAUGGCAAACCUGGCAGAUUUUGACUGCUUCAGUCAGGUGGUUUUCAAAGAUGUAGCAGACUACAAACGGAUGAAGGAGGACCCAUGGUAUAAAGAACAUUUGGCAGGAGAUCAUGAGAAGUUCGCUGAUACGAAGAAGAGUAUGAUGACAAUAGGGUGGAUCACCGAAUUCAUACGAGAUGGGAAGGUAGUGGACGGGAUGAAGGAUUGUUAG